AUGGAGCCGGAGCUAGACUAUGAAAACAUAGAUUCCAUUUGUCAUUUUAAGUCAAAAAGAUAUAAUAAACAGUCUGAGAAGAACAAACACGGCCAAAGGAUAGUCUUCCUAUUAAAAUCAGCAGAAUUUUUCGCAUUGAGUAAUCCGAGCCUCAGCAGAUCAUACAUAAAAGAGCUAAUAGAGAUUUGCGAAAAGCAUUUGAUAAGACUGAAGCCCGUCGCCAAGAGAAAAUUUUGUAAGGGCUGCUAUUCAUACCACGUCGAUGGGUUAAACUCUGUAUACAGGAGUGACCCCAAACCCCUGGAUUCCAAAAUCAAAGCUAGUACCGGUGAGUCUGGGCCAACUAAGGCGAAUCUGGCCACCAUAUCGUGCUUAAUAUGCACAAGAACCAGGAGAUAUAACAAUGUAAAAUAG